AUGGAAACUUUGGUAAAUGAAAGAGACAUUAAUAUAAAGAAUGAAAAUGGAAAAGACAAUAAUAAGGAAAUGAUGAUAGGUAUGUCCCAUAUGAAUCAUGAUGAUCAAGAUUUAAUUUAUGAAAAGAAAGAUGAUAUAGAAAGUCUUCGUUUACAUUAUACGGAUCAAGAAAAAUUAGAUGUGCCAUCACUUGUUGAGAUAUGUAAACAACAAUUGAUUGUAAUAUUAAAAGAUAUGUGUUCAGAUUGUAGUACAACCGAUGAAAAGACAUCAUUUUUAUAUCAUUUAAAUCGGUUAAGAAGUGCUGUAACGGUAGUAGAUUUACAUAAUUAUAUAGCUGUUUUUGGUCCAUGCCUAAGUUAUAAUAAAUUACCCUCAACAUGGAACAUAUCAGUAUGCGAUUAUUUAAAGCAGCAAUUAAAUAUAUUAAGAGCAGCUGAUUCUCAACAAAACGCUAAUAAUAAUAAUAAUAAUAAUAAUAAUAAUAAUAAUAGUAAUAAUAAUAAUAAUAAUAGUAAUAAUAAUAAUAAUAAUAAUAAUAAUAAUAAUAGUAAUAAUAACAAUAAUAAUAAUAACAUCAAUAAUAAUAACAAUAAUAAUAAUAACAUCAAUAAUAACAAUAAUAAUAAUAAUUAUUUAAAUUAUUACGAAAUAAAUAAUGAAUAUGAUGAAAUUAUGAGCGAUAAAAAAUUUCUUGGAAUAAAUAAUUUUACACAUAUUAAUUUAUCAAAUAACGCAAAUGGUAAUUAUAAUAAUAUUACUAAUCAGGCAAAUGCAAAUCCAACUACUUCUCAUAGUAACAUAAAAGGUAAUUCUCAUUUGAAUAAUGCAAACAAUGCUAUGAAUUAUCUAUAUUCUGAUCAAGAUAAUGUUGUAGAUGAUUAUUAUGAUUGUUUGAUGAGAACAAAAUUAACAGAAGAAACACCGAAUUCUUUAAAAUACAUGAUAAAUUUAAAAAACGAAACUCUAAGUAAUGCUGAAUUUGAAAGUGUCCUUUCUUAUUUAAGAAAAUAUGAAAUGAAAUCAUCUAAGGGUCUGAACAAAAAUCAUUUGGACGAUGAUAAUGGAAUGGUGAAAUAUAACAACAAUAAUAAUAAUAUUAAUAUUAAUAAUAUUAGUAAUAAUAUUAGUAAUACUAAAGAUUGUGAUGAUUACGAUUAUCAGGAAGAAUAUUUGAAAGAUAAAGCAUUAUACGAUUCAGAUAUGGACGAAAAUUCAAAUCAACAUCACGCAAAUGUGCAUCAUCAUAAACAUCAAAACCAACAUCUCAAACAACUUAUUGAUCAUAACAAUAUGAUAAAUAAUAAUCGAAAUAAUAAUGAUAAUAAUAUUAUCAAUAAUAAUAAUAAUAAUAAUAAUAAUAACAACAAUUAUUUAAUAAAUAACAUGGAUAAUAAUAAUAUUGACGGAAAUAACAACAACAAUAAUAAUAAUAAUAAUAUUAAUAAUCUUUCUCACUUAAUACAUAAUAAUAUGAAUAAUAAUAGUACACUCAUCAAUAGAAACCAUCUUAUAAAAUCCGAAAGAAUUAAGAAAAGUGAUGUAGGUACUACUACAUGGACCAAAUCCACGACAGAAGGACAUCCAGAAUAUUUACCAAGAAUACCAGGUGUCCGUUUCAAUCCGAAAAAGCAACAGUGGCUAGCUGCUUGGAAUGAUAAUACCAGAGAAAUAAGAAGAUAUUUUUCUGUUAAGCAAUAUGGAUUUGAACAAGCUCGUAUUUUGGCUGUUAAAGCAAGACAGGAAGCCGAAAAAGCUGGUGCUCGAUGUAAACCUAUGUUCCAUGUACAUGGUAGUAGAAAAGCGGUAGAUGCAGCUAUAACAAAUGAUUUGUUACGAAGUGAAAUGGAAGAAAAUUUUAACAACAUGCACAUGAAUCAUAAUAAUAAUAAUAAUAAUAAUAAUAACCAACACCAUCAUCAACAGCAGCAUCAAAAUAAUAAUAGUAAUAUACAUCAUAAUAAUCAUCAUAUUCAUAAUAUGAAUCUUAACAUGAACCAUAACCACCUAGGUCAUAAUAUGAGUCAUAACAUGAAUCACAAUUAUAAUAACAAUAAUAAUAAUAAUAAUAAUAAUAACAAUAAUAAUAAUAUGUAUAUAAAUAAUAACAUUAAUAAUAAUAAUAGUAAUCAUAAUAAUAAUAAUAACAAUAUUGCAAAUGAUGUUAUACAUAGAAAAGAAACAGUUAAAGUUGAAAUUAAAGGAGUUAAAAGAGGUAGAGGUAGACCACCAAAAAGAAAACUAAGUGAAGAAUCACAAAUGACAUUAGAUGAUAUGGAACAAACAUUAUGUAGAAAUAAUAAUGAUAGCAUGGAAUUAUUAGAAUGUAUGGAAGCAUAUGAUAAAGAUUGUUCUAGGCCUAUGAAAGGUGUUUCAUACAAUGAUAGAAAGGGUUCAUGGCUAGCUUAUUGGUCUAUUGGAAAAAAUUUCCAGAUGAGAAGAUUUCCUAUUAAAAAGUUAGGUUUUGAAAAAGCUAAGGAACUAGCUAUUCAAUGUAGAUUAGAAGCAGAACAAGCUGGUGCGACAACUACAGAAAAUCGAACCAAACGUAUGAGAAAUUUAUUAACACUUAAUUCUGAAAAUGCAUUAGAAAUGAUGAUAGAUCAAAAUUCAAUAGAUAAUGAUGAUAGUAGUAUACAUCAACAUAUGAAAGAGAAGGGGGGUGGAAUGAAUGGAAAUUUACGUAUGUCACGCAUGCAAAAUUAUGCUGGUGCGGGUAUAAGUGGCCAAACUGUACAUCAAACAAAUAAAUUACUUAAUAGUGAUGCAGGCCAAGAUAGCGAAAAUGAGUUUUCACCUACGAAAAGGACAAGAGCACCACGAGGAAGAAGAAUGGAGAGUUUGACAGCUCGAGCUAGUGCAUUAACACCGGUUGAAGGGGUUCGUUUUGAUCCUUAUUCUUAUUCUUGGUUUGCUAAAUAUUUAGAAAAUGAAAAUUCGAAAGAACCCAAAAUUUCUAAAUAUUUAUUGAAAAAAUGGGGUUUCAAUAAGGCUCAUAGUUUGGCAGUUCAUACUGUAAAAUGUGCAUAUAAGGCAGUUCCUUUUACAGAUGAGGAAUUGGUAAAUAUAUUUAAUGUUGAUGUUAAUAAUUUAAUAAAUAAUCAGAACAAUAUGAUUAACUUGGGAUUCCACGAUGGAUUUGGAACUAAUGGACUCAUGAAUAAUCAGAUGAAUAAUCAGAUGAUAAAUCAGAUGAAGACUCAGUUGAAUAAUCAGAUGACAACCCAGAUGACAACCCAGAUGAACAAUCAGAUGACAACCCAGAUGACAACCCAGAUGACAAACCAGAUGACAAAUCAGAUGACAAAUCAGAUGACAAAUCAGAUGACAAAUCAGAUGACAAACCAGAUGACAAACCAGAUGAAUAAUCAAAUGAACAAUCAGAUGAAUAAUCAGGUGAAUAGCCAUAUAAAUAGCCAAGUACCUGGUCAUAUGAAUGGAAAUAUGUUUAAUGAAAAUAAUAGCAAUGGUACUAAUAUGCUUGGGAAUAUGAAUAUGCUAAAUAAUAUGGUGAAUAGCAAUAUGGAUAAUAAUGUGAAUAAUAAUUAUAAUAAUAAUUAUCCAGCAAGUGGAAAUAAUGGAUUGAAUAAUAUGACAGGUUGUGUUAUGAAUAAUAAUGGUGGUGAGAUAGAUAUGGAUGAUAAUGAUAAUUUAGAGAAUAACGAUCAUGAAAAUAUGAUGACACUUGAGAAGGAAGAUAGUAUAAAUAAUGAUAGUAUAAUAACAACAACAACAGCAACUAAUAUAAAUAGUUGUAAUAAUAAUAGUAAUAAUGCAAAUUCGUUAUUAAAUAGGUUGGUGAUGUCUAACGGAUCGAAUGGUAAUACAAAAUUGAAUAUCAUAAAUAAUUACAAUAAUAAUAAUAAUAAUAAUAAUAGUAGUAGUAGUGGUGGUGUUAUAGUUAAUAUAAAUAAUGUGCAUAAUAAUGAUAAUAUGAAUACCUAUAACGACAAUAAUAAUAAUAUUUUAAAUGAUGGUAAUAGUAUUGUCGGAAAUAACGAGAGUAUGAUUCAUAAGAAAAAUGUGGUAAAUCGUAUAAAUAAUGAUAUAGAGGACGAUUUAGGAAACAUGAAUAAUAACCAUAACAAUAAUAAUAAUAAUAAUAAUAAUAAUAAUAAUAAUAAUAAUAAUAACAAUAAUAAUAAUAACAAUAAUAAUAAUAACAAUUUGAACGUUUUUAUGAAUGAGCAUAAUAAUACAACUAAGAAUCGUGGUUUAUAUGGGAGCAAUGAAACUAUAAAUAACAAUGGACUUAUGGAUGAAGGUCGACUUAAUUUUAUUCAUACGGCUGGGAAGCACGUUGAUAAAAAUAAUAUGCAGAGCGUUUCAACAACUGUAGCAAAUGUAUUAAAUAAUGAUGAGAAUUAUAUAAAAAGUAAUAUGAAUUAUACAAAUAUAGAUAAUAUGAAAAAUAAUGACAAUCCCAUAGAUGAUGAUAAUCAUAAUAAUAUUGUAGAAAUGAAUCUAAAAGUUGAGAAAAAUAUUUUAAAUAAUAAUAAUGAUGAACAUAUAAUAAAUAACACAGAAGAUAUUAUGUCUACAAAUAAUAAAGAGAAUUCUACGUUAAACGGUCAAAGUACUAUACUUAUGAAUAGUAAUGAAGAAAAUGAUGAAACAGCAUUAGAUACUAUUAUUCAGGCUCCUAUAGAAAAAAGGAAUUAUGCUAAUAUGAUGAUAAAUGAACAAGGUACAGCUGAUAACAAUUCAAAUGUUGAUAGUAGUAAUAAUAGUUAUUCAAAUAAUGUAUAUACUAAAAAUUUAAAUAGUAAUUAUAAUGGUUUUAGUAAUGAAAAUUCAAACACUACUACUAAUGAACAAAAUGAUUCCUCUCUUUAUUAUAUGAAUGUAAAUUCAGAAAUUCAAACAGAACAUUUAUAA